GAAGAAGGGUAAGCCAUUUUUACCACAUUUUGCAGAUUGCUGAUACACAUGUGGAUUAUUAUAAUACAUGAAGGAGUCCUAGGCGGUGAUAAAAAUCAAGACUUGUAAACAGCAGGGAACGCCACAUUAUUUGCGCAGCUGUUGUUUCUCUUUUUCAGUUCCUUAUGUAAAGUGAAAUGCUACAUAUAAAGUGUGAAGAUACAGAUCUGGACCCAGUCCCAGUAAAGAUUGGAAUAAUUGGCGGUUCAGGCUUAGAUGAUCCAGAUAUAUUAGAAGAGAGAAAAGAAACUUCGAUAGAUACACCUUUUGGUUCUCCAUCAGAUGCUUUGAUUGCCGGUAAAAUUAAUGGUGUUGAUUGCGUUUUAUUAGCUCGCCAUGGUCGUAAACAUGAUAUCAUGCCUACGAAUGUCAACUACCGGGCAAAUAUAUGGGCUAUGCGUGCUAUGGGAUGUACUCAUUUAAUUGUCUCAACAGCGUGUGGUUCUCUCCGCGAAGAAAUCAAGCCUGGUGAUUUAAUAAUUCCAAAUGACUUUAUUGAUCGCACUACCAAACGUGUUCAAACAUUUUAUGAUGGACAAAAUGCUAAUUUAAAGGGAGUCUGUCAUCUACCUAUGUAUCCAGCCUACAGUGAAAGGACUCGAAGAAUCUUGCUGGAAAGUGCCAAGGAACUUAACUAUGACGUGCACAAUAAGGCAACCAUAGUAACGAUUGAAGGUCCUAGAUUUUCUUCGCGAUCAGAGAGCACUAUGUUUCGGUUAUGGGGUGGAGAUCUUAUUAAUAUGACCACUUGUCCCGAAAUAGUAUUAGCUAAAGAAGCCGGUUUACUAUAUGGCUCAAUAGCUAUUGCUACUGAUUAUGAUUGUUGGCGAAUGGGAUGUGAAGGUGUCAAUGUGCAAGAUGUCCUUAAAACUUUUACCGAAAACGUUGCUAAAGUCAAACAAAUUCUUGUAAAAAGUGUCUCUAAUAUAGCCAAAGAAGAUUGGAGUGAAGAUAUUUUAGACGCUAAGGAAUGUAUAUGCAGCAACACUAUGAGUGGUAAGAUGUGACGUUUUCUAUUGCUUUGCCAUGAAAUAACCAAAGAGACUCUACUUAAGAAAAAACCAUUUAUCCACGGGAAAAAAUUUGAAGCCAUGGAGCGAGGCAAAGUACGACCUAAACUGCAAUCCAUUUCUAUCAUAUAUGAAUUGGAACCAAUUACUACUAGCAAGCGAACAAAGAAUAUCUAAAGUACACAUAUAAUUAAAUAUGUACCCAUAUGUACCCAUAUAUAUGUCCCACGUACAGGCGGCAAACAUUUUUAGUAAUAAUUCACUUUACACUUUUAUCAGCGUGCUCAUAUA